CCUCCUCCCUCUCUUCCCUUCCGAAGCUCCAGAAUUCGUCAAUCAGUCUUUGCUCACCAAAUUCUGGGAGCUUUUUCAUCUCAUGUUCGUCGGCAUUGCUGUUUCCUAUGGUCUCUUCAGCAGAAGGAACAUCCAGAUGUCGACGACUUUAGUAUUUCUGACGAGAGGAAAUUGAGUGAAGUUUUGUACAUUCAGCCGAAUCUUGGAUCUGUGAGUGAUUUUAAUGGCCAAUCUCGCCAACAGGACAAAUUCCAUUAUUCAAUGCCGAAAAAAAGGUACGAAAAUUCUCUUGAAUUUUCUGAUGCUGAUAAUGUCCGUCGUGCUUGUAAAUCGAGAUAUACUAGGGGUGGAUCUGUGGUGGUUGUUGCUGAAACAAAUCGUAGUAGUUCUGGUGAAUGGUUGGAAUCAGGAGCUAUUGUAAAUUAUAAACCUCUAGGUUUGCCUGUUAGGAGUUUGAGGUCGAGUCUUACUGAACCUGAUGAUGUUGAAUUCGAUUGUGGUGAUGAAUCUUGUUUGAGUUCUAAAAGUUCAUCCAAGAGCUCUGAGAAUAAUUGUGAAAGAAGAAGUGAAUUUGGUGAUAAUUGUUGUAUGAAUUUGGAGGAAAAGUUUGAUGAGACUGUAAUUGCAUCAAUGUCCCCAUUUCAAUUGCGUGAGAAAUUUGGAAAGAAUGUGAUGAGAGAGAGAGGAGUUAGGAAUGCUGUUCUUCGCCCUUCCCAUUUUAGGCCUCCCUCCAUUGAUGAAACUCAAUUUGAAUCACUGAAAAAAUCAAGCUCUCUUCAUUCUAAUCUAUCUCAGUCAUCACAACCUAGUUCCCUCUCGUCUUCGUUGUCAUCUACGACGAGAAAGCACCGUAAAAUGUCAUCACUCGGUAACAUUUCCUAUAAAAUGUUGCAUUCUCGACAAUAUAGUAUGAGUUCUCUGUCUGAAAACAGUCGAGGGAGCUCUGAAGACCCUCUGAUUGAACCAGAAAAUUCGUCUGAAUGCAAUGAAUCCGUCGUAAGUUCCCCACGUUUAGACAGGAAUUUCACAAGUAUUCCAAAAGCUUUAUCACGGGGAAAAUCUGUAAGAACAAUUAGAGCAAAUGCAACUGCCAUAGAGGAAAUGAAAGCUCAAGAGAUGUAUAGAAACCAAGCUGAACAUGAUGAUAAUAUAGGGAAUAAGUUUGAAGGUGUAAUGUCACCAUAUAUGAGAGAAGAUGGAAAAGAACAUGGAUGGCCUGGUGUUGUUAACCCGAAUGCUGGUAAUUCUAAUCGUUUUCCAAAGACGACAUUCUCAGGGAUUGAAGAGCAAAAGGAAGACACCGAGAGUCAGCUGACAGAUGAUGGUAAAGAUAACUCUGAGAGGGAGGAUGGAAGUUUUUAUGAGAGUUCAGAUGAAGAAGCUGCUUCGAGUAUGGCGGGAGAUUCGGAAUCGGGGGCUCACGAGGUUGACAAGAAGGCGGGUGAGUUCAUAGCCAAGUUCAGGGAGCAAAUACAGCUUCAGAGGAUGGCCUCAGUAGAUAAAAGAUUGAGAGGAGGAUGGGGGUCAUUCAGCAGCACAAGCAGCAGCUAUUUUAGUUGAUUGACUAAGCCUUCAAUCUUAAAAAGGUUUUCUUCCAAGCCAUUUUUACAUUUAAGGUUAAAUAUGUAAUUUGCUCUCCAAGAUAUAUUCAUUUUUUUAAUUUCUUUUUUCUUUUUCAAUAUUUUGAAAGUAUUCUCGCACUCUACCUCCCCUAAGUUCAAUAGUUUUAGCCUUAAGAACGAGGAUUGAACCUCUAACUUUAAAAAUAAUUAGUACUUUA